CUUUUGCAAAACUGACAUUUCCAUUCCCUCUUCUUCGCCAUGAGCUACUAGACUCGAGUGCUGCCGGAGAGCAUUUAGCACGUGCCUCCAGCCGAGACGCGCCAUGCCAAAAUCGCCCACGUCCGCGCGUUUGCACCCGCGGCAGCGUCCAGUGUCGUGUCGCUUCUGCCGCACGCGGAAGCUGCGAUGCAGCAGGGAGGCACCGUGCUCAAACUGUGUAUCCCGCGACAUUCACUGCGACCUCGUCCAGCCAGCUCCUCAGCCAGUCGCAGCAGACUGCACUCCAUCUUGCCAUGCGACUAGCAGCACUGAAGCUCGGCUGCUCGAGCGCAUCCAGAUCCUCGAGCAACAGCUCUCUGACUGCAAGACCACCAUCUCCAAGGGCAAGCUCGAUGCGACCAUAACCCCUGUUGUAACAACUGCGGCGGCUGCUGCGCAUUUCUCCACGCCCGAGAGCCUUGAUGAGGUCUCUCAGGCGCCCUGGCCUCCGCCAGCAGCCGCCACGCUCGACAACCUCGACAGUGAUGAGGCGUGGCUCGAAACUCUGUACAGUGGGCAAGAAUGCGCCGUACCUCGGCCUCUCGACCGAAUUUCCUUUCGAAUGUGCCCUCUUGGGCACAUCGGCACAGCUGAUUCCUCUGGGCAUCCUGGUCCUAGAAGAGUUCAUUUCCCUACUCCAGCAGAGGCCGAUGUCCUUGUCGAAAGAUACAUCCAGCACAUUAACCACAUUCAUCACACCAUACACGUACCUUCUCUCCGCAACGUCGUACGCAGUGUGUAUGCUUGCCUCGAACGCCAAGCAACUAUCCAACCGGGACCGGCUGCUCUUGUCCUGGCUGUAUUGGCAAGUGGUGCCUACUGCUUCAAUAUCGCCGAGGACAUUUGUACUGUGGGUUUCCAUGACCCUCAAAGUGCACGGCAGCAGGCCAUGAGUUGGGUGCGAGACGUGGAGGACAUCAUCGACAUUGCUCAUCGCGUCACCAAGGUCUCAAUCGAAGGCUGCCAAGCGCUCAUUGUCGCUUUCUUUGUCCUCGCCGAUACCGAAGGCCUGUCCUUGCGUUGCCGUUCAAACGUGAAUUUGGCAAUGCUACUUGCCCGGCAACUUGGGCUCCACCAAAUAGACGGUGUUGACGCUGGCAAAUGCAAGGAUCCAGUACUUGAGGAGACUGGCCGAUGUGUGUGGUGGUACAUUGUUGCCACUGACUGGAUCAUGUCCCAGAGACUCACCGGCGUCGAUAGAAACGUAUACCUUUGCAAUCCGCGGCAUAUGGCUGUAAAGAAGCCCAUGAACAUCGAUGAUGAUGAUCUUGCUACAAGAGGACCUGCCGCCGCCAAGUCUCUCUCAUGGCCAACUUGUAAAGCCUACACACUGCAGAGAAUUCGCCUUGCCGAAAUCACACGGAAGAUAUCGGAUCGUGCAGCAAUAAUCGGCAAUGACUUACAAGAAGCGGCCUACGAAGCAGUUCUCGAGCUCGACCUUGAAAUGCAGCAAAUGCUUGACGAGCUGCCUGCUUAUUUCAGACAAGCUGUGCCUGCUCUGAUGGAAACAUACAACCUCGAUAGAACGCAAGCAUCGAAGCUCCGUCAACAGGGUCACCUGAUCUACAAUCACAUAAUCUCCCAAAGAGCCGCACUCCAUUUCCCUUGGUUCCUUCGCGCCAACAAAGACAAGCGAUACGCCCCUUCCAGAGAUAUCUGCUUACUCUGUGCACGACAGACGGUCUUGAUGGAAGCGGAGGUGGAAGUUGCUGGUCUCUCCGCAACUGCACAGUACAAGUUUGUCUGUGUGCUUAUGGCCCUCUUCCGCGCAGCAGUCGUGCUCGUUGUGCAAUUUUGUCGGUCCAAGACGAGUGACGGGUCUUCGAGCCGCGCUCGCCUGCGGCAAGAGAUUAUGGAAGCUUUGACUAUACUUGAGACUGCGAAGGAACACUCGGAAACGGCAUGUCGAUCCUUCGAGUCGCUUUGCGCGGUAAUGCGGAAGCACCGCAUCUCAGCAAGGGACACGAGGGUGGAUGCCAGCAUAAAUGAUAAGACUUUAGGUGCUUGCGAUCCUGAUAUGACACAAACCGAGGAUUACAGAAGGUGUCCCACGCCUAAAGUAGCACGUGGAAGAACCCUGGAAGGAACAGACAGCUCGACCACAAUAUUUCACGGGGCCUUCAACAGCGAGCCAACAACGACUGCCCUGGAUGGGACUGAUGCCACGGAAGCCAGUACAUAUCGCCAUGAUGUCAAUGUUGACGCUAGCGACAUAUUCGGCGACGCCGGCACCUCGAUCCCUGCCUCUUUCGAGAUAGACUUCCCGCCAGACUCUUUCUCUUAUCAACUCAAUAAGUUUGCGGAGAGCCUUGAGGCCGACCCUAUGGGUCUGGCAGAGCUGACUUGGAGCAAUGUCUUUGCUGGGUGGGGCGGAGCUUGAGGGUGUGCUGUUAGAACAUUCAAGAUGUGUUCGGAGAAUCCUGUCUUCCGGCCAGGGAAGCAGUAUCGCUGUGAGAGCAUAGUCAAUCGCGUGCCUUCGGCUAUACCUGCCUCGA